AUGGGUAAGGCCGAGGAGACCAUCGUGGGUGCCACCGAGCCCCAGCCACAUUUUCCGGUCGUGGCGGAGGGAACUGGCAAGACUGCGGGCAAUGAAGGUGCUACCAGCAAGGAGGUGUACAACGCCGAGCUGUAUGCGGCGAUCCAGGAAUCCAAUAUCCCGAGAUGGAGCAGGGCAGCCAUACAUCUGUACCUAUGUGUGUUCAUCGCAUUCUGCUGUGCGUGCGCCAACGGCUAUGAUGGUUCCCUGAUGGGGUCGAUCACGGUCAUGCCGCAUUUCAAGUCGGUCAUGCACAGUGAGAAUGACGGGUGGAAGGUGUCUGUUAUGACCUCUCUGUAUUCAGUGGGUUCGAUCAUCACCACCCCUUUCGCCGCCGCCGUCAGUGACCGAUGGGGUCGCCGAGCCGGAAUGAUCUCCGGAGCCGUGGGCAUCAUCCUGGGCAGUGUCAUUGCAGCCAGCGCCUUCAGCCUCGCUCAGGUCACCGUCGGCCGUCUAGUGCUCGGCUCCGGGAUUCAGUUCAUGACGGUCGCCGCGCCAGCCUACUCCAUGGAGAUUGCUCCGCCUCAGUGGCGUGGUCGCUGCACUGGGUUUUACAACUGUGGAUGGUUCGGAGGCUCGAUUCCCGCCGCCCUGGUUACUUUCGGGUGCCAGUACAUCGACAACACCUGGUCGUGGCGGAUCCCGUUCAUCGGCCAGUGCGUCGCCUGUUUCAUUGUUCUGGGCGCCGUGGCGUUCAUUCCCGAGUCUCCUCGUUACCUCUUUGCCCAGGGCCGGGAGGAGGAAGCCAUCGAGUUCUUGGUCAAGUUCCACGGCAAUGGCGAACGCAGCUCGCGCCUCGUCCAGCUGGAGAUCGAAGAGAUUCGCGAGAGCAUCCGACAAGAGAUGCAGGAUAAGGCGAUCCCCUGGUGGGAUUUCCGCUGUCUCGUCGACAGCCACGAGAGUCGCUGGCGGUCCACGCAGGUGCUGAUGAUGGGAGUCUUUGGCCAAUUCUCGGGCAACGGGCUGGGAUACUUCAACCCGGAAAUCUUCAACAAGCUGGGUGUCAAGUCCACCUCGCAGCAGCUCGGCUACAACGUGCUCAACUCGGUUCUUUCCGCGAUCGGCGCGGGCACCGCCGUGUCCCUGACGGACCGCAUGCCUCGCCGUCCGGUCCUUGUGUACGGCACCUUCCUGUCGGCGGUGAUGUUGGCCAUCAACGGUGGUGUCAGCCGCGUCUUUGGGGCCGACCAUAGCAAUGCGAACGCCGGUCGCGCCGCGCUCGCCUUCUACUUCUUGUUCAAUGUCGUCUAUUCGUUCGCCUACACUCCGCUGCAGGGCGUUGUCCCCGUCGAGGCCCUUGACACCCACCGACGCGCCAAAGGCCUGGCCUUUUACGGCUUCCUGACGGGCUGCCUGGGCUUUAUCAACACCUUCUGCACCCCGAUCGCCAAUAAAACCAUUGGGUUGAACUAUAUCUGGGUGUUUGUCGGUUGGGACUGCGUCGAAGCCGUCCUUUGGUAUCUCUUUGCUGUUGAGGGCCAGGGACGUACCCUCGAGGAGUUGGAAUGGGUCUACAAGCAACCUAACCCGGUCAAGGCCUCACAACGCGUCGACAAGGUCGUCCAACAGGCCGACGGCACCGUCACCGAGAAGGUUGUCGACCAUACUAUUUAG